AUGAAGAUUCUCUUGGUGCUGUUAGUUGUAGAUCUAACUACAGGAAAUCUACUCAAUCGAGAAUAUCUACCGCCUCCAGGUGCUCAUUUGUCGGGUGGGAUUCUAAAUCAUAACGACCUACCCCUUGAACUGCCGAAGGAACAAAUUCUGUUAACAGAUGUUUUAGAUAAUCUAAAAACUUUUCCCGAAGAUGAAGUCACUAAAAUUGGUAGCAAUGUUGACGCAAAGGCUACUAAUGUACCAGGAAUUUAUGAUGUAUAUUACAAUACCCCACCAAUGUAUUCAACAACAACUUUGUCUCCACAUAUGGAGUUAUAUUCAACUGUACCUUUACAAACUUCGACAGGUAUAAGUGGCAAGACUGAUUUCGUUAUUAAAGUGACCGAACCAGAUUUCAAAACUACUCAAUAUGAUGACUUCGUGAGACAUAACGUCCCGUUUACAAGUCAAUUUUCAACCUUAAACAUGAAUGACGGAAAUACUGAAAAUCUGCCCAAUACUGAACUAGCUUCAACGAGUUCUCCAACUACUGUGACGUCAAGUUUGGUGACCAAUGGAGAUUAUGAAACUACGACUUAUAACAUGCCUGAACAAAAUCCUUCAACAUUGUUUCCUGAAAGAAAGCAAUCAUUCUACGAUAGGACCGCUAUAACUUCAAAUCAAAACAAUGUACUUGCACCAGAUGAUUUCUCCUAUAGCUUUGAUACUUCAAAUGGUCUCCACUCUUAUGUCAGUGGAACGGCUAAUAAUGGUGUGAAAACCAAGGGAACUUAUUCUUAUGUAGGUGACGACGGUAAAUUGUACAAGAUGGAAUACACUGCCGACGAAAAUGGAUUUCAACCACGUGGUGACCACAUACCAACAUCGCCUCCGAUACCUAAAGAAAUUCAAAAUGUUAUCGAACAAGCUUACAAAGACAAAGCUGCUGGAAUAUUUGACGAUGGUUCUUACAGUGAAGAAAAGUACGGAUACAAAAAGUAUAUGCCUCAGACAGGAAACACAAAAAAAAUAUCUUUUAGUCAAAGGCCGUAUACUUCUUUAGGAAACAGUGAUGAUUUAAAUAAGCAAGAACCCAAAUAUCACCGGAUACCUAACAACUACAUUACCACGAAAUAUGAUAACCCAGACGAUAUUUCAUCCACAGUGGGCGGUUCUGCAGACAAUAUUAUUCCAGUUCAAAUAAUUUAUGAAAAAGGGUAUGAAUACUCUCCACCACAAAAUGGUUUUUAUUUGAUGCAAAACAGUAAACUAAAACCAACCAAAAAUGAUAAAAAUAUAUUGGCACCAAAGGAAGAGCAAUUAAGCCAAAAUCCUGAUUAUAAUCUUGCUAAGAUAGUCCCUACUAGUGACCGCUUUGAUUAUAAUCCGCCAGGACGUAAUGUAAACGAAUUAUCAAAAGAGAGUUAUUCUACAAAUGAUGGUUUUGAAAAUAACCCCGGAAUUUUAAAUACUGGCAAUACUUAUUACAGCGAAAAUGAAGGUACAGAUUAUACAAGACCUAUUUCUACACACAUAGAUUCUAGCACUCCUGACGAAAAUCUUAGGGAAACAUUUUCUCCUUCAGCUACUGAGACACCUUAUUUAUUAGGUAUAAAUAGUGCUAUGGAUAAUGGCGAUAGUAAUUACACACUAGAAAAUAAUAAUGCUUCAGAAUUGCCGAUCUUAGAAAAUUCUGGUACAACAUAUAGAGAAGAUUUUUCUGGUCCAAAACAACGCCCUAGGUAUGAUCCAAGUGGUGGGUACUAUUAUUAA